UUCAAAUGGAUCAUGUAGAUGAAGAGAUCGAGAUCCCUAACUACUUUCUCUGCCCUAUUUCACUAGAGAUAAUGGAAGAUCCAGUCACGGCCGUUACUGGCAUCACAUACGACCGUCAAAGCAUCGUUCAAUGGCUAGAGAAGGUCCCAUCUUGUCCCGUGACGAAGCAGCCUCUACAUUUAGACUCCGAUCUUACGCCUAACCACACGCUUCGCCGUCUGGUACAACACUGGUGCGUCGAGAAUGCGAUGCGUGGCAUUGUCGAAAUCCCUACGCCUAGAGCUCCUCCGGGAAAGCUUAACGUCGUCGACGAGAUCAAGAAUCUCAAAAAGUUUGGAGUAGAAGCCUUAGGAAGAGAAGAUACGUUGAAGAAGCUUGAAGUUUUAGCUAUGGAGGGAGAGAGAAACAGGAGGAUGAUGUGUGAAGCAGGCGUACAUAGGUCUUUGAUCUUGUUCAUUGUCAAGUGUACUCGUGAAGAAGAAGAGGAGGGACAACGUCGUAUCAAAGAACAGCUAGAUGAGUCUCUGCGUCUUCUACACUUGAUCGGUGUUCCAUUAAACGACGCAAGAGCACUCUUGAUCGACAACGAUAAAAUCUUGGAAUCGUUGACUUUGAUCUUACACCAACAAGACUUCAUCAACAAGGCUUACACGAUCGUGCUCUUGAGGAAUCUAACGGGAAAUGCUUCCUCUCAUAUCGUCGAGAGGUUCGACGCCGAGGUUUUCAAAGGGAUCAUAGGUUUUCUCAAGGAAGUAGUAAGUAGUUUCAGUCUCACUAACCCUAGCGUGACGGCUACGUCACAACCAUCAAGUUCAAACGUGAGGUCAAAACUUGAUCGUAGCUUGGUUAUCAAACGAGGUGUGACUGCUGCGCUGAUGAUUCUUCUAGAGACCUCUUCUUGGAGCCGGAAUCGAACCGUCCUGGUGGAUCUCGGCGCGGUUUCCCAACUCAUCGAACUCGAAAUAAGCUACAGCGGGGAGAAGAGAACCACUGAACUUGUGUUGGGAAUCUUGUCUCGUCUAUGUUGUUGUGCGGAUGGUAGAGCCGAGAUGCUUGCUCAUGGAGGCGGGAUUGCGAUCGUGACAAAACGGGUGUUAUGGGUUUCGACUGCAGCAGACGAUAGAGCUCUCUCUAUCCUAAGCACGUUGUCCAAAUUCUCCCCGGAGAACGCGGUGGUGGAAGAGAUGGUUUGUGUCGGGACGGUGGAGAAGCUUCGUUCUUUCUUGAGAGUUGACUGUGGUUUGGGUUUGAAAGAGAAAGCGAAAGAGAUACUUAGAGAUCACUUUGAUGAGUGGAAGAAGUUUCCGUGCAUUGAUAUACCUCUACUUACUAAGCUUCUAAACUCUUAAUUAGAGCAAUAAUUAUAUAUCACUAACUGAAUUUUGAUACAAUGAUUCAUCCUUGUCUUGAUCUAAUUAAGCAAAUAGAGUUUUCUUCAGUGUGUCACAAAUUGUAUGAACAUACGUCAAACAAACACAAACACAAACAUCAUACUAGCUUUUUGAUUUCAAGAUAAAAAAAAAAAAUCAAUAAAA